AUGCCUGGCUUCAUCCCCCCUUAUCGUGGAGUACGUUACCAUUUAAAUGAGCACAGGGGUAGGCCGAUAAAUAACAAAAGAGAGUUAUUCAAUUUACGACAUUCAUCACUAAGGUCCAAAAUUGAAUCUACCUUUGGAUUAUUGAAGAAUCGUUUCAAAAUCCUUACAGCAAAGCCUCAUUAUCCUUUUCCUACCCAAGUUGAUAUAGUUUUGGCUUGUUAUAUACUUCAUAACCAUAUUGCUACAGUUGAUCCGGGCGAUGACUUAUUGAAUGAGGACAUUCAUAUUGAGGACGAUGAUGGAGAGAUAGAUGAUGAGGGUGAUGACCAGAAUGUUGUCGACUUUACCCAGAAUAUGACACAAAGAGAGGAAAGGGAUUCAAGGAAUGAAUGGAAAGAGAAGAGGGACGAAAUUGCAAGUGCUAUGUGGUUUUGGCUUGAUUUAAUACUUGCAUUAUAUGACUUUGGUGUAACAGGAGCAUUAUUCUUUACAAUAUGGCUGAUUCUGGUGAUGUUAGCUAAGUUGGCAAGAGAUGGUCUAAAGGUUGAUAAGAACUUUAAGAUGCAUGCAUACAAGGUAGCUGCUGAUGAAGUCAACAAGCAAUGUGGAACUGAAUUUACUAAAGAAAAUGUGAUGAACCAUAUGAAGAGCUUGAAGUCUAAGUUCUUUGAUAUGCGUACUGUAAUGAACAUGAGUGGUGCCGGAUAUGAUCCGACGACAAAAAUCGUCAUCAUGGAUCCAGAGUCAUUUGAUAUGUGGACGAAGGACAAUAAGUAUAGUUCUGCAAAAUUGAAGGACUACUUGAACACGCCUCUCACUCACUAUGAUGAUUUGUGUGUCAUUGUGGGUGAUGACCAAGCAAGGGGGAAUUUAAGCAAAGAUAUGUGUAAGAAACUAGGUUCUAGUCGGCCUCUAGAAUUUUCUGAACAGUUUGUAAAUCUCGAUGAAAAUGAUAAUGAUGAGGGCCCCACCUCACAUUUUGAGCCUGUGAUACCAAGUGGUGAACAGACAUAUACACAGGCACAAAAUGUGAAGUCCUCUAGUGGAGUAACCUCCACUUCCAAUGUGAAAACUCAAUCAAAAAAGAAGAGUGGCGAUUCACUAACGCGUGAUCUCAUCGAGUCCAUGUCUUACUCAAUCCAGAACCAACAUAUUUUACAUUGGAGUGAGAGCAUGGCCAAGGCUUUAUUGGCACAUGAGCCUAAUUUCUCUGAGACAAUACUUGAUAAGGCUCUGGAUUUUUUGUAUGACAAUGAAUCAGAAUCUAGGAGGUUCAUAAUCAAAUCAAAAAAUGCUCAGAAACUAUUCAUAGAAAAGAUUAUCAGGGAAAAUGGCUUUGACAAAGAGGACUGGCCUAAGUGUGAACUUGUUUCCUUCCAUCUUUUGCACUAG